AUGGUCCGGAAGUUGGGGAUCGGAUUUUAUUAUUUUGUCACUUUUCUUAGUUUUGUAAAUACAUUACCAUUAACAGUUCAUACAUUAACAAAACCCAAUAAUGAUUUAGAAAGUGUUUUAGUAAGUGAAAAGAAUAAGGUCAAUAUCACCAGAAUAAAUAAUCAAAUGGAUAAUGUUUCAGUUAAUGAAAAAAAAUUGGGAAAUAUCAAUGACGGUUUGAGAAAUGUUAGACAAAAUACACUGAGACCGGGUAUGACAAUACGGGAGUAUUAUAUAAAUCUGUCUUUUGAAGAUAAUGUUUUUUAUGGACGAUUGGAAUUUCGUGCUUUUAUAACAACAGAAACUAGAGGCAAUCCUUUGAUAUUUCAUACUAAUGAUUUAUUGAUUAAUUCAGUAUUAGUAAGUCUUACUACUGAAGAAAACGCAAAUCCAGCCAAUUUUGAACUAAAUAAUAACCGUUUGAUAAUCCGUCCGCAAGGAGCUGCAUUAAGUUAUCUUGUUAUUAUAGAAUAUUCAGGAACUUUAACAAAUGAUGCCCGGGGACUAUAUUACGGAGUUAAUAAUGCGUAA